UUAUCAAUUGUUCAUUUUCACUCAAACAAAUUACAGUCUCACCUGACCACCUGCUGCUGCUGCUGCAAUGGCUUCCAUUCUGUUUCCGACUACCCGGAUGAGACUAAACACCACCCUAAGUUUACCCUCGCCUCCUCAACCUCCACCGUCUUUCCAGAGGCCAUCUCCGCCCACCACUUUUCUUUCUCCAUUCGUCGGAGGCAGCGUCUCCGGCGACUUUUCCGGUCUUAGGAUCCGACCCGCUUCCCUUAUUGAUAACUCGUCUAAUUCGACCUCUCGAGUGAAACGUGGCGUUGUUACUGUGAUAUGUGAAACCACCAAUUUUUACGCUAUGUGUCGGCAAUGCAUGGGGAGAAGCUGCACUUCUACUGGCUGCUGGUGCAAAGGGGAAUCGAUCUGCCUUACCCUCAUCAACAAUAAUGAUCAAGCAGCCAAUUGCCAGGUUUCAGGGUCAAGCAACAGAUGUAGAGCUUAUGAGGAAAGAAGUUAGAAAUGUGAAGGCUGAGUUGGUCAAACUCUAUGCGAAACACGUUGGAAAAUCACCUGAGGAGAUUGAAGAAGACAUAAGGCGUCCAAAAUAUUUUAGUCCUAUUGAGGCUGUUGAAUAUGGAAUCAUCGAUAAGGUUCUGUACAAUGAGAGGAGUAAUGAAGACAGAGGAGUUCUGUCAGAUCUUAAGAAAGCUCAACUUAUUUGAAGUGUUUUUGAUCGGGCCAGAGUAGCAGGAUACCGAUUUCUGGGAUGCCAGACCAUUCGGAUUUUAGGGCAAACAAAACAGGGGUAGCUGGGGUGGGUGCCAGACCAUUCGGAUUCGUGAGACAAUCAAAGCCACGUACUUCUUACCGGAUCUAAAUCUCAGAUUGUCUACGUUUUAAAAAAAUAGUGUAACACGGAUAACCUUUUUUAUUAAUAAAAUUUCGAUCGAUCUAUUUUUAUUUUUUCUUGUGUUCACUUUAAAUUUUAAUCAUGAUAAUGUUAUUAUGAUACUAUCAA